AAAAAGUCUGUGGAAGCUGUGUGAGGUUCCUUUUAUUUCUGCUAAGUAAUGAAUAUGUUAGUUUUGCUUCUGUUUUUAAUGUGAUGAGCUUUUUAAAAGAGGCUGAUCAGGAGCCAUUUCUGACUAUUAACUGCUGUCUGCAUGUCAUCAAACAAUGAAAGCAGUGGUUGGAUUUAUGGUGAUUCUACUGGGGGUGUCUCAUGGUGUGGGAACUUACUGUGAUGGCAGACAGGAUGGAGCUCAGUGUUAUGGAGCUUUGGGAGGAACUGUGGACAUCCAGCUGAUGGACAGCACCUCAGAAAUACCUAGAUACCAACUGUUAAAGAAUUCAUUAAAAAUACUAUAUGUGAGAGAGAAAAUGAUUCUCUCUAAUACCAUAAAACAUAGAUCUGUCUUUUUUCCUAGUAAUGGAACAUUUAGGAUCAAUAACUUGAGCAGGACAGACAGUGGUAAUUAUACCUUUCAAACCUUUGAUUCAAAUGGAAGAUCAUCAGGCGAGCGGACUUUAGGGUUGUUUUUUCAAGCUCCCGUGUCCUCUGUCCUGCUGGUCUCUGAGUGUCUGUCCCAGGGAGAGAUGAGGGUGUCCUGCUCCUCUGAGGGAGGGGACAGUCCUCAGUACAGCUGGACUCUGGAUGGACGCACACUGACAGAUGCUGAGCUCCUUCCUGGAAAUAUUAAGACUAACAUCAUCACUCUGAAACAGCACGUCUCAGGACAUCUGGUCUGCUCAGUCGAAAACCUCGUUAGUAAAGUCUCCAAAGAACAGAGGAUAUCUACCUGUGGCUUCAUUUUCAUCAACUGCACUUCAGUCAAUGGGACACAAGUAUCAGGGUGGGUGUAUGAAGCCAAUAACACCCUGUGCAUUGAAUCAACAAGUGAACCUACCACAACCACACAAACUGCAGUGGGAAAUUUGCCACUGAUCAGUGGUGUUCUCUCAACACUUAUAAUUUUCUUAGUUGUGGUUGGAACAGCAAUCUGUGCUCAACGGAAAAAGCAAAACAGCAAAGCAAAAGAGGAAGAAAAUGACCAGGAAGAAAUCUUUGCUGAUCUCAGGGUCGUGAAACGGCAGGCGAAACAACUGGAGAAAAGAGCGGAGCUAGAGUUUGGCCAAGUCAAGUAUUCAAAGCGUCCUCGGCAGACUGAACCAACAGGAGAUGAUUGUUUGUAUGUUAACGUCCAUAAAUUCAGGUGAUUUAAGUGUUCAGUGCUUUUACACAGACUGCAUCACAGAAGAUCCAUGGAGAGAAGAGCUGAUGUUAAAAUGUCUGAAGGUCUUUUAUUUAAUGUGAUUUCCCAUCAGAAAAAUGUAAAAAGCUAAUACUUACUGAUUUAUUUUACUUUCAUCUGUAUUAUACCAGAGGGAUACACAUGUAUUCUUUUAUGAUCUCUUGAUUUACAGAUAGUAUGUUACAUAAACACUGUGAGUGUUUUCUGCUUUUAUAUUCUGCAGACACUCUAAUACAGGGGUCUCAAACUCAAUUUAGCUGGGGGCCGCUGGAGGCAGAGUCUGGGUCAGGCUGGGCCGCAUUAGGUUUUCCACAAGAAAGGCAUGAUUAAAAAAUUCCAAUCUUCUCAAAUCUCUUUAUUAUUUUUUUUAACACAAAAUAAGAUGAAAAAUAAAUAAACAAAUUAAGAAUUAAUAAGAAAAUAAAUCAAUCUGUAAUACAUAAAUAAAAUAAUAAUAAGAUAUUUUUAGUCAGUGAACUUAUGUGUUUUUUUCAGUCUUCUAUAUCUGCUGUAUUUAGAUUCAAAUGUCUGUAUUAACAGUUCUAUAACCUUCUUCUGAACAUGAAUGGAACACUGUAGAAAAUGAACUGUUCUUCUGAACAUGGCUUCUCUUACUCCUUGCUGCUAGAGACCUGGCAGCGUUUCCUCUCGCAUAGCCGAGCCAGAUUUGGCCUGAGGGAGGAAGCAGUUGAGACCCUCAGUAUGUCUUGAAGAUGAUCAUCCGUAAGUCUGGACCUGUACUUGGACUUAUUGAAGUUCAAAGUGGAGAAGAGCUUUUCGCACAAGUAUGUGCUACCAAAAAGGCACAUGGUCCGCUUGAACAUUCGGGAAAGCCGAGGG